CCUCCUUCUCCAAACAUGGCGCCGGCCCGCAGCUGUGCUGCCUCCCCGUCAGACGACGCAGAGAGGGAGAGAAAGAGAAGAAGAAGAAGCGGGUAGAAACUCGCCCCAAAGUUUAGGAAAAAAACUUAAUUUAAAACCAAGACUGCUUCGUGCUUUUUAAAGUACAUCGGAGAUUUUACGCGCCGCUUUUGGAGACGUUUACGCGUCAGGCUGUGCGCGUAACGGAAAGCCCACCUGUCCGACGAAGGUAGAUUUCACUCCGUUUCUCGUAGGAUGUGAGUCUUCCUGAUUUUUGUGAAAUAACGGAGCAGAGCGAGCAGGCAGCCGGGGGACUCGGGGUCAGAGCUGGCUCUGGUUAAAAACAUGUGCAGCCCUGUGACCAACAGCAGCACAGAGGCUGUAGAGGAGUGAGUCUUUCCAGGGGACGGGGAAAAACGCAAAACAACGUUUCCACUCUUCCACACUCAGAGGAUGGAUGGAGAACAUUCUGCGCUGUCAGGAGUUGAGAGGGAGAGAGAGAGGCUCCCACCAAUUUACAACAGCUCCCCUCCUGCUGGUUUGGGGCGAGGAGCCAAGCAGCCUUUUCCAUCUCUGGGCACCUUCAUCUCCACGCUCAGCCAGAGGAGGGACAUGGCUGGACGUGGACUGGCUGGUGGCAUCAUGGGCAACUUGACCGGUAACCACGGACUCAGACACGGGAGAGAGCUGCCUCCGAUAUGCAGCAAUGUUCGUCAAAAGCAUCGGCUCUCCAUCGACACUCUUCCUCCAGAGGUCAAAGCUCCAUUCCCCUCUGACCCCAUCAUCCCCCUGCGCACCAAGACUACCAAGGAGUUUCAGGAGGACAUGGAGCGUGCCCUCCAAUCAGGAGACUGGAGGGAGGUCCGGGAGUUUUACCUGACAACCUUUGACUCCUUCAUAGAAAUCAACGCUGCCUUCAAGCGAGAGGCGAAUGGAUUGUUUAACACUAUAGAGGACUCAGGAGUCAACACCAAGUUUGUCAACGCUGUUUAUGACGCACUGCUCAACACGCCUCAGGACAUCCAGAAGUCAGUGCUGAAAGGGAUCAUUAACAGCCUGCUGAGGGAGUGGAAAGGGCCUCGGACAAAAGAUGAUCUGCGAGCUUACUUCAUUCUCGUUCAGAACCCACAGUACUCAAGUACCAGCACCUAUGUGAUCUAUGCUCACCUGCUCAGGCAGAUCGCAGCUUUGUCUGAGGCUGACCAUCACUUCCUGGUUCACUGGUUUAAAAAACUGUCUGCAAGGCGUUUCAGACAACUGGUAGAGCGCCUCCUGCAGUUCAUCUCCACUCGCCUGUUUCCAGCAGAACCAGAUGAAUUUCCUCCUCUGUCCAAGUGCGCCUGGUGGAUUCCCUCUGCAACCAAAGUGCUCAGCCUCUUCAAUGCAGCCAACAGUGUCUCCUCCCCUCCAAUCAUGUCCUUCACUGACUUUUACAACAUUACUCUUGAACACAUAGAUUUUAUGGAGGAUUAUAGGACCUGGCAGAACUAUGGCAACUCAAAUAGGUUUUCUUUCUGUCAGUUUCCCUUCAUCCUCUCGACGGCGGUAAAGAAAGCCAUCAUCCAGAAAGACUCGGAGCAACAGAUGAUCAGUCAGGCCAGGCAAAGUCUGGUCAGUAAAGUUUCUCGCAGGCAGAGAGUGGACAUGAACCUUCUGUUUCUCAACAUUAAAGUACGACGAGCACAGCUUCUCAGCGACUCACUGGAUGAGCUGACGAGGAAGCGAUGCGAUCUAAAGAAGAAGCUGCGGGUGACUUUUGUCGGGGAGGCGGGGCUGGACAUGGGCGGCCUGACGAAAGAGUGGUUCCUGCUACUCGUCCGACAAAUCUUUCACACAGACUACGGGAUGUUUACCUACAUGAAGGACUCACGCUGCCAUUGGUUCAGCAGUUGGAAGUGUGACAACUACUCUGAGUUCCAGUUGGUCGGGACUCUGAUGGGCUUAGCUGUUUACAACAGCAUCGCGCUGGACAUCCACUUCCCUCUCUACUGUUACAGGAAGCUCCUCACACCACCCACUGUACCAUGUGACCAAAAUGCCCUCGUUGGCAUGGCAAAUGCCACCCUGGACGACCUGCAGCAGAUCAUGCCGGAGCUGGCUCACGGUUUGGGAGAGCUGCUAAGCUAUGAGGGAAAUGUGGAAGAGGACUUCUACCUCACCUUCCAGGUGUUCCAGGAGGAGAUGGGCGUGGUCAAAUCCUACAACCUGAAGCCUGGAGGAGACAAAAUUCCCGUCACCAAGCAGAGCAGGAAGGAGUAUGUCCAGCUCUAUGUCGACUUCCUGCUGAAUAAAUCCAUUUAUAAACAGUUUGCUGCCUUCUACCACGGCUUCCACAGUGUGUGCGCAUCGGACGCACUCAUGUUGCUUCGGCCUGAGGAGGUGGAGAUGUUGGUGUGCGGGAGUCCAGAGCUCGACAUGAGCGCCCUGCAGAAAGCUGCUCAGUACGAAGGAUACAGCAAGACCGACGCCACCGUACGAUGUUUCUGGGACGUGGUGUUGGCCUUCCCUCUGGAACUGCAAAAGAAGCUCCUCCACUUUGCCACAGGGAGCGACCGCGUUCCAGUCGGAGGAAUGGCCGACCUCAACUUCAAAAUUGCCAAGAUUGAUGUCCCGACCGACUGGCUGCCGAUCUCUCACACCUGUUUCAAUCAGAUCUGUUUGCCUCCGUAUCGAACCAGGAAGGAGCUCAAACAGAAACUGACCAUUGCCAUCUCCAAUGCUGAGGGCUUUGGCCUUGAGUGACUAACUCCCACAUAUACACACAGACUGUUUGCAGUGCUAUCUGAAACUUUUCCCGCAACGCAUCUGAGAUCAGAAAGGAAAUAAGUUGCUCGUUGUGAGUCAACACGUUGAGCAACUUUCUUAUGAAGAUGGAUUCAUCGAUGAUUCAAAUCUGCGGUGCACAAGAUGGAAGCUUUGCCAGGAAAACAGCUGCAGAGAAACUCCAGAAAUCCUUUAGUUUGUCCGUGGACUCAUUCUGUGAUUCAACAACACCAACAACACCAACUCUUUAAGCACUUUAGUUUACUUCAUGCUUACCCACCACAGAAUACAGUGAAGGAGGCGUGUGUUCAAACCUAAAUUCAUCACAACAGUCCCAAAUGUUCAGCCAGAUUCAUAAAAAACAAAUUUCAGACAGUGAGAGAACAAAGAGUCCUGAGUGAUGAUGGCUAAUGGCAACACCACGGAGUCAGUCUGGGAUAACACGAAGGGCUGAGAUGCUUGGAACAGCUGACCUGCCGAGUGGCUGGAUAAAUAGUCGCAGACAAAAAUGGUUAUGUUUUAAAGACAGACACUGAUCUCUGCAGCAGAGCAGCAGAAUACUAAAUUCAAACAAAAGACAGGGCAAAAGAAAAGCUAAUGCAGAAGAAACUGCCCUGCAGAAAAUCACAAAGCACGAUAAAUACAGGUGAACAUAACAGAAAAAAUACACUAAUAAAGAAAUGACACAGAAACUACUGACGAAACAAUAAUGAUGAUAAAAGGCCAAUAAAAAAACUAAUCCUAAUGGGUCCUAAUGGCUAACGUUUGAUCACCUUUAGGUUUGACCCAGAAGAUGUAAGGCUGUGUGUGCUGGAGCCCCUGAAAGGGAUGGUGUGGUCAAACUAUUCCCAUGUUUCUGCCAGCAGGCUCCUCAUUAGCUAAAGUCACACGAGUGUUCACCCUGUGGUAGCUAGGAUAGGCCACAUACACCCCCCAGGACUCUGAACUGGAUAAGCAGAAGAGAAUGGAUGGAUGGAUGUGCCAUCACAGACCGUCUCAAACUGCAGUUAAGGUGUUGAGGUUUCAGGGACGGGUAUACCUGUGCAGGGCAGUGCAAAGGGAUGCUGGGAGCUUGGUAUAUUUGCCAAGGGGAAAGCUGUAACUAGAGGAUAAGAUGGAGUAAAGUAGGACCCUAAAUCUAACCUCGCGGUCUGGCACACGCAAUGACAGCUGUAGAUCUAUAAAUCAUUUUGCAUUGUUUCAGAACUUUUACACAACCCUGUAGAUACCAUACAAAAAGAAAUAGAACUAUCUUAAAAAGUUAUGUUUUAUACAGAAUUUCAUAUAUUUGUAGGUCCGUGCCACUGAAACCCGGUUAUAUUUGUUCCCUUAAACCUUAUAUAACUAAAAACUAAACGUCUCUUAAAGGUUGCUGCUUUCUUUGGAUAAAUAUUCAAAUUGAGUCAUUUUUAACCAAUGACCUGCUGUUUGCCCACCACUGAACAUUUACUUUGGAGAGGCUCUGGCCUAACAGGAAGUUCGGCAGUAGCACGCUCCUGAAAACUCAUCAUUUAAACAUUUUCAUUUAAAUCAAGUAAAAGUAGAAACCGGAGGCGAAUGUUUCGGACAGAAACACCUCCGGAGGGGAGAUUAGUGUCAGUCCUGACUGAGGCAUUUGAAACGUGUUGCAUAUGGUUUUGUUUGGUUUGCACUGUGAGGACUUAAAGCUUUGCUGGAUGUGCUACCGUCAGAUGUACGUCGAUCGUCUUGUGAUCAGUGUUUUGCUUGUUUUUUGACAUUGCCGCCUGUUUUAUGGAACAAAGGCUGCAGCAGUUCUUUGAAAUGUUUUGAAAUGAUGACGCAGUUAAAGCUGAGCUGUUGAUUAAUAUUUGUUUUCUUUUUUAAUUUUGGUUUUCUUCUUUUGUUGUCAUGAGUGACGGCUGCCCUCGGGCUGAGAGCCGGCCUGUAGCCGAGGGCUGACAGAUUUUAUCACAAAGUCAUCUUUGUGCCCGAGAGAAACAACUCGAGUUAAGCACCUCUGUCUGACAUGCACUGCUCAUUAAUUUCCUUAUUGGACUUAUUUCGGACACUUAUUUAAAUUGAUGAAAAAAGUCCAUUCUUGCCACCAGCAUCAUAAACGUUUCAAAAAGUUGGAACUUUACGACUCGCUAUUGUUGUUUCCACAUCCUACAAAAAUCGGAAUUAGCUUUAUCCUUGGGUUAAGAUUUGGUAUCCAGUGGGUUAAACUUGGGGGUAAGAGGCCUGGGAAAGCACUGAGUUCAAUGAAACUGCAUGCCCCUCCACCCAUGCACAGAGUGGAGCCGUGGCUGUCACAGAAAGCAGGAACAGAGAGACACUCUGAGCCAAAAUCUGAGAUCCAUCAUCCAACAGAACCAAACGCAGCACUGCACUCGGGUCCUGAGAAACGCAGAGUAACUGUUGAUGAGAUUAGUACGAGUCUUUAGGUCUACACCAAAACCUAGAUUUGUGUUAACCCAACAUUUGCCGUAUCUUCACACAGACACACAGAUUCACUGAAAAAAGAACUGGUUAUUAGGUGACUCUGUGUUCUCUGGAUUUCAGGGUUCAUUCUGUAGUCGAGAUGAGGUUAUUUUGAGGCUUUGGAGCAGGAAUGGGACACUGUUUUACUCAUUGUGUUCACAUGCCCUUGAGUAAUCAGGUAUUUCAAAGAAAAUGUUUAGUUUAACUUUAUCAGUAGUGGAAAGUGACCCAUUUAGAGCUCAAGAGGCCGUUAAGUGUCAGUUUCAGAGCGGUGAGGAUUGAUUUAUAUUUAAAAUUUACAGCACAAGAGAUUCUUUGAAAUAAUGCGAUUUUUCUUCCCUGCAUAAUCAAAUAGAGCCAUCAUCAUUUCCAUCACGAGUGCAGUGCUGCUGUUUUUCCCCAAAGUGGUUUUUAUAGUGUAACAAUGACUCUGCAGUUGUUACGUUGUAGCUUCAGUUCAAGGGAGCAAAGUUACUUUGUAAGGCCUUAAAAUUCGUUCACUGCAGAGUUUAAUCAGUGGGGUAAAAAGCCGGUUGGCAUCCAGACUCUCUGCUUCUUUAACUUUGUUGAACUUUUUUGGCUUCGAAGCCGCUCUCUCCUCUCUCUACAGCUGGGCGGCGGUAAUUCCAAACCCCCAGCGCUCUCUUAUGCAAUGUUACCAUGGCAAAAUGUCUGAAAUCCUAAAAAGACACUGAAGUAACCAAGCAACAGCCGAGCAAGCCGUAUGGAUGCGCCAUCCAAACAUCAACCUAAUCUGGGUCAGUCUUUCACACUCAGCUAUAGGGUCUGAGAAAGCCCCUGACGCAACAAUGGGUCCUUUCUGUCAUUUAAUGAGCAGCAGUAGGAGCCAGAAGAGGCAGCCCGUCUCCAAGCAUCUGUUGGAGAAGGCCUCUGUGGCACAUUUGCAUCACGUUAGCCGCUUUGCUAAAUACAAAAAAAGACACAUUUUACAUGUC